AUGAAGGCCAUUCUCUCGUCUGACAGCAUGGACAUCCCCGACGGCGUGAAGAUCAAGGUGAACGCCAAGGUGAUCGAUGUUGAGGGACCGAGGGGUAAGCUCUCUCGCAACUUCAAGCAUUUAAACCUCGAUUUCCAGCUGAUAAAGGACGAGGCCACCGGAAAGCAGAAGUUGAAGGUCGACGCCUGGUUCAGUAGCCGGAAAACCACCGCCGCCAUACGCACAGCCCUCAGUCACGUCACCAAUCUGAUCAACGGUGUUACAAAGGGAUACCGUUACAAGAUGCGUUUUGUCUAUGCCCACUUUCCGAUCAAUGCGUCCAUCACCAACAACGGCACCGCCAUUGAGAUCCGUAACUUCCUUGGCGAGAAGAAGGUAAGGAAGGUGGAUAUGCUUCAAGGAGUUAACAUUUUCCGGUCUGAGAAGGUUAAGGAUGAGUUGGUUUUGGAUGGAAAUGACAUUGAGCUCGUUUCUCGUUCUGCGGCCUUGAUAAAUCAGAAAUGCCAUGUGAAGAACAAAGAUAUAAGGAAGUUCCUUGAUGGCAUCUACGUGAGCGAGAAGGGUGCUAUUGCAGGAGAGGAAUAA